AUGGCAAAAUUAGUUCAGUCAAUUAAACAAAUUUUCAGUUCUAGUAAAGCAUCUGAAUCUUUUGUUAAAUUAAUAGGAUCUGAUCGAUUUAAAAAUAACUUCUAUGAACGUUUGCCUGGUAAUCGGCAUUAUAAUUCAGCACGUCGUUUUUAUGAACCAGCAGAUUAUUCAAAUGUUCGACUAAGUAUUGAUCCAGCUUGGGAAGCAUGGUUAAGGGGUACACGGAAAAAUCCUCCGACACUCGACGAAACAGUUGCACACGAAAACAAACGACAACAACUAGAAAACAAAUCAGUCAAUAUGUUACCUACAAGUUAUGGACGUGAUGCAGCACAAGGUGGAACAGGUUCAUUUCCAAUACGAGAUGAAUAUGAGAUUAAUCCAGGUACUAAGUCACGACAAAAACAGGAUCCCAAUGAAACAUAUUAA